AUGAUUAUAAAAACAUCAUGUCCGGAUUUCGAGCCUGAAAAUUUUGAAAUUCUCGAUUUUUAUAACACAAAAACAGUUUUUGUUUGGCAAAAUGAUCAGUUCGUGUAUUUUCCGCUAACAACUCUGACGUCAGCUGCGAAUUUACCGGCGGGAAAUUUAAAAUUAAUAAAAGCGCCAAGUGGAAUUAAAAAAUUAAAAAGCUACAAAGAAAGAGUGUUUUUUAUUUGUGAGCCUCGAGAAAAUUUGGAUUUUAAAAAAAUAUUCUUCAACUGCGAGAUUAAUAAUUGCGUUGGAUUUAUUGAAGAAAAUGAAGACUGUAUUAAUUUAGUAAUUGGAGGGGAUAAAAUCUAUUUUGUUACUUUGAAGGUUAGUACAGGUGGCGUUACUUACCACAGUUACUUAAACAAAGCGUUUAAGGCUCUUAGAAUUGUAGAGGAUAAAGUUUGGGGGUUAAAGGCCGCAGGGGAAAUGGCGGAGGUCGCGCAAGGGUUCAACAAAAUGGCGGACCAAGAUGGCGAUGAGUUUUUUGAAUUAAGAAGCAGUAUGUGCAGCGGAACUUCGGUUAUUGUUGAUAAUAUUUGUGAUUUGUCGAAGGAAUUGAAGGUUAAAAAUGAAAAGUUGCUUAUUGAGCAGGAUAAAUUGAAGAGAAUAAAUAUUUAUGCGCACAAAAGUAAACUAUUGGGGAUAAAGAAGAUAUGGGUUGAAAGAACAAGUAGUUUUAUUUUUUUAAAAGCGACCUUUGAAGGAACUUUACCGAGAGAUUGUUGGAUCCGCGUUGGGGUUAGUUGUAAGGAACAGGAAUUUUUUACCAUGCAACUUGUUGAAGAUGGAAAAAUUGUCGCGGAACUUCCGCUGCCUCUUGACUUCUUUGACAGCACCGCGGAGGUUUGUUUGGAUCUUGUUACUUUGGUUGAAGAAGAUCAACCCUGGUUUGUUGUUAAGGAUUGCGAGAAGAAAGCUACUGCUAAGGAAAAGGAGACUCUUAGGAGUUUGAUGGAGAAGAAGAGGAAUUUGUUGAAUACUAAGCUUGGGGUUCUGAGAACUGGCGAUGGUGAUGAAGAUCCUGUAAAGAAGAAAUGUAGUGUAAACUUUACUUUUUUCGCUUUGCGCAGAACUAGCGCCAGUAGCGGUGACUUUAUAAACUAA